AUCUACAAAAUCCAYCCAGACUUUGUCAAUGUACAUUUUAGUGAUGCAAGGCCUGAGCCGAAUCCAAUGCAUCCAUCAGGUGCGAAAGCUUUGGCAGUGUUUUUCGUUCUUUCCUUCCGUCGCCUGGUGGCAGAUCCGUUAGCUACACUGAGGGACAGCAUCGACGAGAAGCCAAACCUAGCAGAGAGAUCAGUAUUUCCAAUGACACUUAGGAAUCUAGGAAAGCCAUCCAAUUUAAAAUGUCCACAAGAGAAUUACAAGCCGUUCAAUCCACAUGUUAAKAAACCAACUCCCGUCACUCCAGGGACAAAAACAACUAGCAAACCAGCAGUAACUACAGCGCUUCCUACARUAAACCCUUGUGGAUCAUGUACAACACCGGAGACUUGCCCAACGCAAUGCCCUCCACCACAACCAACAACAACACCAACAACUCCUCCAGUAACUCCACCUUCAACGUCACCAGUAACUCCACCUUCAACGUCACCAGUAACGCCGCCAAAAUUAAUACAACCUACGCUACCACCUCAACCAAACCAAACCACCACACCAAAAGUACCUCCGCAGGUUACAACUCAACCAGCACCUACAUGUGGUCCCUGCCCUUCUCCAGCAGCUUGUCCACCACAAUGUCCAGUCACGCCUCCUCAGUCUACCACACCUCCUCCUCUACCCCCUCAGACUGGAGCCCCAUCCACGUUACCUACUGGGACUACAGCCGGCCCACCUCUGCCAAUGCAGACUACAGUUCCUCCACCUCUUCCCCAGCAGCAGACAACCACACCUCCUUGUGUGCCCUGGCCGUGUCAUAUACCRCCUUGCGCACCGCCCUGCCAGACAACCACAGCAUCGCCUACAACACCAACUACAGCUAAAACCACGCCGACAACACCYCAGACAUCUCCAACUACACCGGUGACAAACGCUACUACGCCCUCAAUACCUCCUUCAACUCARCCYCCUCUUCCUACUACUCCAGCACCAACCAAGACACCUCCAAUUAACGGUGGUUAUACUAAUUGGACUGAGUGGACMGAAUGUUCCGCCACGUGCGAUGGUGGAGUHCARCAGCGUACACGAGCAUGCACAAACCCACCACCUCAACAUGGCGGCAAAGUCUGCGAGGGUUCAUCAUUUGAAACGAAGCCGUGCAAUACCAGACCCUGUCCAGUUGAUGGAGGGUACGGUGGCUGGACUCCCUUCCAGCAGUGCAGUAGUACRUGCGGUGGUGGUCAGCAGCUUAGAACACGAGAGUGCGACAGCCCUAAACCAAUGUAUGGUGGCCAGAACUGUUCACGGCUCGGCCCAGCUAAAGAGACGAGAUAUUGUAACACUUUCUACUGUCCAAUCCACGGUAACUACAGCGAUUGGACUGAUUUCAUGGCCUGUAGUGUGACGUGUGGGGGAGGCAUUCAGUACAAGACACGAACAUGUGACAAUCCUCCCCCUCAACAUGGCGGUAACAAUUGCUCUACUCUUGGACCUUCACGUAUUUCAAGAGAAUGUAACAAACAGAAUUGCCCAGUCGACGGUGGUUAUUCGCCAUUCAGCAAGUUUUCAGAAUGCACAGCGACUUGCGGAGGAGGAACUCAAAUUAGAACAAGAACAUGCACCAAUCCUCCCCCGAGGCACGGUGGAGACGACUGCGCUAAAGACGGCGCUGACUUUGAAACUAGAAAAUGCAACACACAACUAUGCCCUGUCGAUGGAGCCUUUACACCUUUCUCUGAGUACUCAGCUUGUACAAAGACCUGCGGAGGAGGGGAGCAAUGGAGAAUGCGCUCGUGUUCAAAUCCUGAACCACAAUACGGAGGAAAGAAUUGUACAGGAACGUACAAAGAGUCACGCGGUUGUAAUACACAGCCUUGUCCACUCGACGGAGGUUUCGGCGAAUGGGGCAACUACUCUCAGUGCGAAGUGUCAUGUGGUGGUGGAUCUCAAAUGCGCAUGCGUACCUGUACUAAUCCCCCUCCUGCAAACGGAGGCCUGCCCUGUAAUGGGAAAACAACUGAGACAAGAGUCUGUAAUGUGCAACCUUGCCCAAUCAAUGGAGGAUACGGUUCUUGGAGUAGUUAUGGACCAUGUAGUGCUUCUUGUGGAGGAGGAACCCAACAAAGAACGAGGGAAUGCACGAACCCGCCUCCCGCUCAAGGGGGAAGAAGCUGUUCUUCACUUGGUGUAUCACACGAGACUCAAAAGUGCGGAAACGAUCCUUGCCCAAUUGCUGGCGAUUACACCAGCUGGAGUGAGUGGUCCACGUGCUCUAAGCCUUGUGGCGAUGGAGUCAUGAAGAGGACCAGGAACUGUACCAACCCCCCACCACAGUACAGUGGUAAAGACUGUUCGACACUUGGUCCUAACCAGGAAGAACAACAUUGUAAUAUAAUGCCAUGUCCAAUUCAUGGUAAUUAUUCAUCGUGGACAGAAUGGACUAGUUGUACUGUAACGUGUGGCGGUGGAGAGCACAUGCGAUCUCGAACCUGCACAAACCCACCUCCAGAGUUUGGCGGAAAAGAUUGCACUUCUCAUGGAAAAUCCACAGAAACUGAAUCGUGCAACACACAGUCUUGCCCAAUCGAUGGAGGGUAUUCUGAGUGGUCUAAGUGGGGUUCGUGUUCAGUUACAUGCGGGGAAGGUCACGAGUACCGYACGAGGACGUGCUCAAGUCCAUCUCCGAAGUUUGGAGGCUCCGACUGUGGUGGUCUCGGAAUGCCCACCGAUAGUAGAAAUUGCGUAAUGGAGCCAUGUCCUCUCGAACCAACUAAUAUACCCUGGUCGUUGUGUUCUAAGAGCUGCGGAGGAGGAAUUCAGUGGCGCAAAAUUUCACUUGAAGACAAAGUUACGAAUGAGACACGAAUGUGCGCCACUGAUCCUUGUCCAGUCGAUGGCGGAUAUUCCCAGUGGAGUGAGUGGACGCAAUGCUCGCAGUCUUGUGGUGGUGGAGUGACGUCACGAUCCCGAACCUGCACCGAGCCUAUUCCGAUAUUUGGUGGUCAGCGRUGUGAGGAACCUGAAGGUCCAAUCCAAACUAAGCCAUGUAACAUGCAAACUUGUCCAGCUCCAAAAGUGCCUAUCCGAUCAUGYCGUGAGUUUUACGAACGCUGCCACAAGCGAACUGAUGGCUUGUACACUAUUUAUGUCAACGAGAAAGUCACGGCUGCAGAAGUCAAAGUGUAYUGUGACAUGACAGAAAACCAAGGUGGUUGGACAUUAGUUGUYACUUCUGCSACCAGUGAUGGCUGGAAUUCUGAGAACGUAAAAGCAAGAAACGAAGAUGAACCAACGUUGGACAAAGAUUAUUCCAUUCUUGAGAAAGCCAACGAUAUCAAGGGUAUAGCACUUGGUCCGUUCCUCAUYAGGCUCGAGGCACAUGAGAGAAACAUGCAUGGUGGCAUAUGGAGUGUUCCACAGAGUUAUAGUUUUACAAAUCAUUUCAACAACCAAACCAGUAUUACAGAGGUUGUGAAGUUCCCGCCAAACUGGAAUUACGGACCCACAACUCUUGGCCUACGAAUGCCAUGGUUACCGUAUGACGACACCUAUGCCUUACUCACUACGUCAGACAGACUUGGCAAGGAAUGGUUCGGAACUCUSGUUGCUAAGAAACCUCUCUUUAAACCAUCUCCAUGGAUGCUGGACACAAGGAUGAGCAACCCGAAGCGAAUUUGGUACUGGAUGAAAGAAGCGUCGUCWCUCUUGAGCCCUCCAAGUGACGUCGARCCAGACCCWAUGUGYCCAUCGCCAGUUCCUGGAGGCUAUACUGAGUGGAGCGAAUGGGGRCCAUGUCCAAAAACCUGCGGUACAGGAACCCAGUUGAGAACAAGAAAAUGCAUCGCCCCUCAGCCUAUCAACGGUGGAGAAGAUUGCGAAGCCCUUGGACCUAACGUGGAGUCCAGAGAGUGUAACAUACUACCUUGUCCUGGUCAAACAGUUGACGGAGGCUACACGGAAUGGAGCGAAUGGAGUGAGUGCACUGCUACUUGUGGUGGAGGCUCUCAAAUGAGGAAAAGAAAAUGCGAAAACCCUGUGCCUCAGAAUGGCGGGAAAAGUUGUACUGAACAGGGACUUGGGAAAGAUAUUGAAGUKCAAAAAUGUAAUACACAAGAAUGUCCAAGUCCUUGUAGUCCUCCGUGUGAAAAUGGCGGCCAGUGCGUAGACAAUCAUUGCGUAUGUCCUCCAGGGCUUUAUGAAGGAACGUCUUGCCAGACAGCAAUCUGUAAGAAACCAUGUCAGAAUGAAGGAACUUGUAUCGAUCCUGUAAACAAUACCUGUGAAUGUACUCCAAACUGGGGAGGACAAACCUGCGAAAAGCCUAUCUGUGUAAGGUACUGUCGUAAUGGUGGAAUUUGCACAGCUGCACACUCAUGCAAAUGUGUUGGUCCAUACACCGGGAGAAGAUGUCAAAAAUCUGAUUGUGCACAAGAAUGUGUAAAUGGCGGAACAUGUUCCGACGGUGAAUGUCGUUGUAGACCAGGUUAUUCCGGCAACGCGUGUGAAAUAGUCGAGCGAUGUCGUCUUCCUAAACCGGAAGGACCAUGCUUCGCUGUCCUCCAAGAYACUGUUAACCAGACUACGGCUGACAACUUUGAUACUCCGUGCAUGGURUUCCUUAGGGAAGUCUACCAGACAUGUUCAUCAAAGGGAAUGCCCGAGAUGACCAGGGAACUCUGUGAGCAACAAUGUGAACACAACCAAGGAAUCUGCUCCAAGGUCUGGUCCGCUGAGACUUGCCCAAGAGGUGAAGACAAGUAUUACUACGAUACUACCACGGCGCAAUGCAAAAGCAUACGAUUCAACGGUUGCCUUGGCAAUCACAAUCUGUUUGCAACUUUGGCUUCUUGUACAGAAAGCUGCACUGGUGGCGAAAACUUCGGUCCACAGCCUACGGUUGUUACUCCUACCGGUCCUAGCAAAAAUCCUCCAAUACCGACAAGUUAUUAUUGGUACUUUCUCACUAUCAAUGGCAACAAGCAAAUCUUAGGAAACCCAUCUUUGGCCAUCAAAGGCUCCUAUAGGCUUAUAGACCUGGGMUUCCUAUUUGACUCAAAAGACUCAUGGGCUGAGGCUCAAGUCUCRAACCAAGACGGUCUGCUUGAUCCAGACAAGUUGUCCGCAGGACUUAGUAUUGGGAUUAAAAUAAAGUUCGACGAGAGCUUGAAACUGUGCAAAGAGCCCCGAUAUCUUCUCGAUACUGGUGCCACAAGUCUUCAGACACGAGGAUUGUCAAUUUUCGUUGUUGGAAAUUCRCUGUAUGUACAGAUUACGACUGCACAACAAAUUUUUAAGGCGCAYACUACAAUUACGUUUGGUCGUUGGAGGUAYUUGAUGAUCACGUGGCACCGYUCAACUGGUAUMAMCAUCUACUUUGACGGAGCAAAGUUCUCCGAGAAUCGAGAACCUUUAUCGGCAAAUAACCCAGGAAUUAACGUCCAAAUGCCAAACUUUGCAGUUGGGCGGAAAGUCGGGACUGUUGGUGGAACGUGUGGAAAGUUYUAUAUUUCUUCGCUGGCUGUCUUUAAGCAGCUUGUUAAUGAUGCAAUGGUGAAAAGAAUUUAUCAGUUCUUCUGGGUCAAUAUUGUAUCCCAGAGCCAGCCCCAGGUACACUUCAUCAGACUUAACAUUACCAAUAGGGCGGGUCAGCCUAUCAUCAUUCACUCUGGUGACGAUAUGCCAUCGGCUGGGUUCCGUGUUAGUGCCAAUGUCAUCGCUAUGAUCACUAAGACAGUCCCAGGGGCAACAGCAACUAGCUUUACCGUGUAUGGCUCWGACGGCCAACAACUUCAAUUAAACAACCAACUGUCCGUCGAAGUAAUGCCUUCGCCAACUAAGCAGRCARUAGUCUCUUUUGUCGUUGGAAAGCCUUCGGUAGCAAGGAUAUAYCAUYUGUUCAUGCGCAUAACUAACAAUGCCAAGCGYAGCAUUCGUGUUCUAAGAAAAGCUGCCAAUGAUCAAACAACCAAGGAAUUCCCWGUCAACACUAAUUCAAUUGUCAUGGUUGACAUUAAGAUGAACUCGUCCAGCCCAGUAACAUUGACRGUCGUCGAUAARGAAAACAAACCACUGUUUAUUAAYUACAAGCCAAGCAUGGUGUUAACGCCKACUGAAUAUAAAGGCAACGCAAUACCAUUAAUUGCCACAACAACAACGUCACCAACAUUGAAUUAUGAAAUCAARCUCAGYUUUUCAAACUAYGGUAGCAGCCCAGUUACAGUGAAGUCUAGUGACGAUGUUCCUAAAGAGGGUUUUCACAUCAAACCAAAGACAGUCACAAAAAUYACCAAGAAAGUCAGCAGUCCAAAUUCCAUUUCCCUUACUGCYGUCGACCAGACUAGYAAUGUUGCUGUAGCAAUUAAUAACGCAGCCAGCCUGGUAGUGACGCCAUGGCCUGUCUUUGAAAAAGAACACAACUUUGUGUUUAUCAACAUUACCAAAGGAAUCAUCAAGGUCAAGCCAGUACCCAACUUAUUCUCAUUGUACCUCGUUGUUAUCAACCAAAUGGGGCGUCCUGUCAGACUGAUCCCCAAUGACAACCUUCCAGCUGAAGGAUUUGAGAUUCCUGUUGGCACUGUUGUGAUCGUGUCCAAGUUGUGCAAGAACACCAAACCAGUGGAUUUCAUAGCUGUUGAUCCUGCUACUGAGACUAUGGUGUUAGUAAAUGGGACCGAACGACAAAGCGUCGUGCCAAGUGGUGACGGCCGCUCGACGACACUCAAUGUUAUGGCACCAGAAGGAUCGGGUGAAGUUUCAGCUAUACCUUCCGUAAGACCAAUGUAUUUCUGGUCAUUUUACUACCUAAACAAUGGAACCAUUCUUGGAUCACCAUCUUUCUCCACCUACGGKAAUGUCCAGGUAGCCAAUGAUGGYGUCUUCCUGGACGGAGUCUCGGCGUACCUUGGCACCCACAUGAACGCAGACGAUGCCCUGGUCUACCCAGAUAGAUUYUCYAGAGAUGGCUUAGCGUUUGCUGUUAAGAUAAAGCUACAUGAUAGUGUUAAGGAGUAUCUUGUUCCUAAGUAUAUUAUUGACAGUGGAGUAAAGAGUUUGUCAACUCGUGGUGUGUCUUUGUAUAUCUUGGAGAAGAAACUAGUCGUGGAGUUGGCGACAUCGGAAAUUAUAUGGAAGACUGAGACGGACAUCGGCUCAAGUACCAACAAAUGGUUGUACAUCUUGGUAUCGUGGUACCCAGAAAAAGGMCUGACACUAUACGUUGAUGGAGUCAGCAAGGGAGAGGAUUCAGGAGGCAUUGCUUAUAGUGGAUACAAAGCUGUCUCACCACAACAGAAUCUACGCAUCGGACGCAAYCUUGGUGACGAUCAAGCUAACUUGGCAUGCUUCUACAUUGCAUCUUUUGCGAUUUUCCGACAAUCUCUGCCAUCUGAUCAGGCUGCGCAAAGCUACAGAUACUAUAUUGGAAAUGCUAUCAUCCAGCCAUCCAARAUGUACUAUAUCAGUAUGCGAAUCAACAACACACUUGACAAGGAGGUAGAGUUGGUUUCCAACGAUGGACACCCACCUGGCGGUGUCCUCUUAAAACCCAAACAGACACUGGUGUUACGUAAAGAAAUCUCGGUGUCUGUCUCCGUUGUAUUCACUGCUCAGGAUGUCUCUACUGGUAGCGGAUUGCUGCUCAACGAUGGUGAGGAGUACGUUGCAACUCCAAGUGAAUACAAGCAACAGUUGACUUCUAUUGAUAUCACUGAUGCUGAAUGUGUUGAUAAACCAGCGCCACGUGAUCGAUAUUACGCAACUCUUAUCCUCAAGAACAGGUACAAAUCCACUGCAGUUAUCAUCUCAAAUGACAAUCAUCCCUCUGAUGGGUAUCGCAUAGGGUCAGGUUCCCAGGAAACACUAAGUAAAGAAGUACUAACAACCGGGAAGAUCGAUGUUCGUGCUUUUGAUCCUACGACUGGCAAACCACUUCUAGUCAAUGGCCAGGAAUCCUACUCUAUAACCCCGUCAAGAGAGAAACGAAAUCCCGAUGCUCUGGAAAUCACUUCUCAAGAUGAAGCCGAUAUGCCAACGUCUCUAUCACCAAUACCAUACAGCCAUUACUGGUCMAUGGGCCUCAUCAAUAAAGGUUUUGUAGAGGGMAACCCCGCCUUCAAGGUCAAUGGUGAGGUGGCGAUCAAAGAUGGAGGUAUUAMUUUCGACGGGGAGACCGCCUGGCUUGGAGCCACAGUCGACCAGGAAAGCUGUCUGAUGAAUCCGGGCAACUGUGUYGAGGGAUUCUCUCUUGGRACYAAGUUAAAGUUUGAAGACUUGCCUGAUAACGAGGACGAGCGYUACAUCAUUGACACCGGUGCUCAGAGUACAGGAAGGCGUGGUGUAUCUCUCUUUGUGACAAAAGGAAAGUUAACUUUCGUUCUUGCUACAGCAGAGAGAACUUGGCUGGCCUCCACUCCAGUGGUGCCCAACGCGUGGUUCUAUCUUCUUGUCAUGUGGAAUCGUAAUGACGGUCUCUCGAUGUACAUGGACAACCAACUAAAAGCAUCGACAAGAGACGGACGACCAAAUCCWGUAGAAAGACUGCCAACAACCGAGCAAACGAACUUAAAUGUUGGUMGAAACAUCAAUGGACAAAGCGCUCCACAUAAUGCGCAUUUCUUGAUGUCUUCGUURGUUAUGUUCAAUAGGAACAUCCCAACUCAGUCUGUCCCAUCAAUCACGAAAUAUUUCUCCAAACCAAUUGCCGUCCAUCCGCUUACUAAGUAUUACAUCAUGCUUAAGAUAACCAAUCCAACUCAAAAUGACAUUAUCCUCCAACCAAGCGAUAAAUACCCAGCCGGGGGUUUCACCAUCAGUAAAAAAGCCAUUGCCAAGGUAAAGAAAGAGGUUUCAAGUCCAUCUGAGGUUUCCUUUAUUGCGCAAAUCAAAGGCCAAGCAAACAAGUACAUCUUGUUGAAUGGCAAGCCAAGAAUUAAAGUUUCCCCUUCAGAAAGUCCUUUGGAAGUAUUUGAUGUUAACUUUUCUCCAAAAGGAGAAACUGUCGAGGGUCCGAUAGAAGGCGAUGAGGAAGAAACCGGAGUAAAAGCUCCACCUGUCACACCAACUCUUUCCUGGUUAAUGGCUGAACUCGAUGCUGGUAAAGUACCAGGUAAUCCACCACUUGCUGCUAACGGCAAACUGGCRCGCAUCGAUGGUGGUCUGGCUUUUGACGGUUAUACAGGAUUCCUGGAAAGUACUUURGAUGGAAMCCAGUGCCUGGUCAAUCCAGACCUUUGUUCAGAGGGUCUCACGUUUGGUCUCAAGCUUAAGUUCAGGACAAGUUCUYUGACGGUUAAUGAACCGCGGUACGUAGUGGACACUGGUAGGACGGCCAUGGGUCGUGGUAUUGCGGUCUAUAUUAUAAUGAACUAGAAAAACCGGUUUGUUAUUAUACAUGGAUGGUCGUUUGGCGGCCACAAUACCACCAGAAGGCAUGCCUGGUCAGGARUUCUCUGUWGUCCAAGCAUCUCCUAACCUGGUCAUCGGUCGUAGUGCAUCAUCCAAAGCYUACUACUGCGAGUUCAGUAUAGGUUCCUUUGUUACGUUUAACAAGUUGCUUUCGCCUGGAAAUAUUAUGGCCGUUACAAACUUCUUCUGGAUUCGUGGUUCAGAGGGCGAAGGCCGGACCUUCUAUGUUGUUCUCAAAGUAGCCAAYCCCUUGCCAGUAACCGCUGUACUGCUACCRGAUGACGGCCUCCCUAAUGAAGGAAUCAGCAUCCGACCUAACGAAAUYGUGACCGUUGUCAAAACAGCCAAAUCAGGAGGAUCUGUGUCAUUUAGUGCGACUGAUCGAGCUGGUAAUAGUGUAUACUAUUUAAACAAUAGAGAUAGGAUUAAGGUGCACGCAAGCCGAUCCAAGGACGUCGUUACUCGUGCUGUACUUUCCAAUACAGGUGUCAAUUCAGAGUCAUUUGGUGAUGUUGAGACUUAUAAAGCUCCUCCAGUUUUCACCAGACAUGCAUGGAUCAUGAACACAAUCUCCAUCAAAGCAAAGAAAGUUCCCGGCGCAACACCAUURGCUGCUUACGGUCAAUUCAMCAAAGGAGACGGCGGGCUCAUAUUCGAUGGAAAGASUAACUUCCUGGGCGGUCACUUACAGCAGCCAAGCUGUGCGAUAGAUCCAGAGCGAUGUGUCAGCGGCUUUACGCUAGCUACAAAGCUAUUUUUAGACGAAUCKGUAUCUUCCUACAUCGACCAGAGRUAUAUCAUCGACACUGGAGCCACCAGUUCAAAUGURCGCGGUUUCUCUAUGUAUGUCAUGGGCGGUAAACUGUAUUUCGAGUUGGUCUCUGCAUCGAAAACAUGGUUCGUGUCUCACCAAGUCAUUCUAGGCACGUGGUCUUUCGUUGCUGUCACGUGGUCUAAUACUAAUGGCCUUCAAAUGUACAUAGACGGUGCUAAAAUAGCUUUUGAUGAUGCUGGCCGGUCUGUCUCAUUCCUCAUCUUUAUCCUGUGGUACUAGAGAAGCAGAUUGCAGCAGGCUCUCACGUGUCUCUAGCAGCGAAGGCGGCGGUUGCCAAGACUCCACUCCUGCUCAACGGCCACCAAAGUGUGUCAGUCUCUGGGGACUUGAAAGGCUAUCAAAUCAUUGUGACUAAACCAAAGAUUGUAGUCGGAGAAAAAUUCUACUUCACAAUCAAAAUCAUGAACCGAAACCCUCAAGACAUAGUAAUCAAAACAUCUGAUAGCGAUCCAAAGGAAGGAUUUCCAGUCAAGAAGGGAACAGCAAAGACCAUUACUAAGUCUGUCACUACAAACCUGCCAAUAACCUUCACGGCUGUAGAUUCAACGGGAAAAGCUGUGCCGCUAAAUGGGACAUCAGAAAUUACUAUAACACCAACAGCGAAGAAAGGAGAGAGGGUAGAUAUUGUAAACUGUGGCCCUGCUUCUCAAGGCGAGCAGCGGUACAUCUCAAUCAAAAUCAUCAAUAGAGUUGGAAAGCCAGUUAAUCUUCAACUACCCCUCCCCGGACAGAAACCUUUGGCUGUCAAGAAAAACGUCAUGAUGGUSGUUACCAAGGGAACCAGAAGUAGUGAAACAAUCAAAAUAACUGGAACUGAUGACAAUAACAAGCCCAUUGCCAUCAAUGGCGCUACAAGUGUUGAGAUCAAGCCAACUAAAACGAAGGAACAGAUGACUUUAGAACUGAAGGCAAUUACAGUUGGUGGCAAGAAAAAGGGCGAAAUACCAGAACACAAAGCAUCUGUUUUCUAUGUAACAUUAAGAGUGAAAAACAAGAUAGGAUCAAAUGUUCUCGUGGCACCUACUUUGCAAGAUGGCGCGCACGGCUUCCAUAUCGGAACAAGCACRGCCAUGCAAAUCACGAAGGAAUACUUCAGUCAGGAAUCUAUUAAACUUCAAGCCUUUGAACCAAAUACUGGUAAACCGUUGUUAAUGAAUGGAAAACAGGUACUUCUUGUCAGACCUGGAUCAUUUAGUGACCCUGCAGUACGAGUGGAGAUCACUAAACCAGUUGGAGAAAUCAAGCCUCCUGUUGCUGAACACUUUGUUACUCUUAUGGUUAACAACAAACUGAACCGUGAAGUGAGACUCCUUCCAAGUAAAGGCAAAAAGGGAGGUUACACCGUUAGUCCCAAGUCCCAACUCAAAGUGCAUAUCAUUAUCAAGGGUGGUCCCGCUGACCCCAAACCAAUUGCCUUCAAGGCUCAGGACGUGGAAACUGAAUCAACUCUUGAGAUCAAUGAGAAGMUYACACCAAUAUCUGUUAGUCCGGCAGAAAUGUCUGAUAUUGUCACUAAAUUCAAUAUCACAGCUCCAGCUCCAUCCGUCAAGCCUCAGCAUUCGUGGUCAAUGGCAGCUCUCAAAGGAACACAUAUCUUUGGUAGUCCAUCGCUUCACGCACAUGGCUUCUACCGAUAUGUAGAUGACGGUAUUUCCUUYGACGGGUCUGAUACGUUUAUGUCGGCUGUACUACCCCAGCACGAUGUGUUAGUGAGCCCCGGUAGUAGCGACAAGGGUCUUACUAUUGCUACUAAGAUAAGGUUUGGUGAUCARGCCGUAGAGUACGAUGAUGAACCGAGGGCUAUACUAAACACUGGUGGGCAUCAUAGCGGUAAACCAGGCGUUUCGUUGUAUAUCGAUCAUGGCGAUCUAUACGCUGAAGUACAGACUUUUGAUCGAUUAUGGAAGGUGUCCAGGCCAAUAUCCCCGAAUGUUUGGCUYUACCUUACCAUUACUUGGAAUACUAAAGACGGUCUUAAGAUGUACAAAGACUCUGUCCUGAGAUCCGACGAUGAYACYGGUCGGCCUGUCAGUAACACGACCUCUAUCGGYGGAGAAGAAAACCUGACCCUAGGGCGUAAYAUUGGCAAAACAGGAAAUAUUCUCUUUACUGCUUUUGAUAUGAGCUCGUUAACGACGUUUGGUGAAGCUCUCAACCAAUCAGAUAUUGAUAAAGCCUUUAUUUUCUUUUCGUCUGGUGCAUCAGCCAAGAUUUUCUACGCUCCAAUACGMAUWACCAACGAGGCAGGAAGGAAUAUCGUAGUCAAACCCAGCAAAGGAAACGAUCGUGGCUUUCAUAUGAUUCCCCGAUCGACGCUWGAAGUCACUUUGAUGUCAAUGUCUACCGAUGGCAAUACACCGAGUCCUGUGACUUUCACAGCUUACGAUUCUACGACGAAGAUUCCYCUAGAGAUCAACAACAGCCCUGAAUCGUUCCCUGUUGUACCUAGAGAAUCAAUGCAGGAUUUUACAACGAUGGUUGUCGCUGUCCCUGCACCUUCCGUUGCACCAACGUUCGCUUGGUCCAUCCAGAAAGUAAGAGACGGAAAAAUCUUGGGAGCUUUGCCUGCCAUCCAAGCAUUCGGUGACUUGAAAGAGAACGACGAAGGAAUACAAUUGGACGGCAAGGAAAGCUGGCUUGAUGCAGGAGACUUUAAAGGAAAAUGUCUAAGCGAUCCGCAGCUCUGUCCAGCUGGUUUUACAGUUGGUUUGAAGGUCAAGUUUGACGACGAAUCGUCCAAGUACAUGAACGAACCCCAUUACGUCAUAGACACCGGCGGGUCGAGCUCUAACGGGCGUGGUUUCUCCAUGUAUUUGAAGAAUCGAAUGCUAUAUGCCACUGUUACCCAGUCUAACAGCGCAUGGAGGGUCGAAGCACCAUACGUCCUCAAUAAGUGGUAUUAUGCCCUUGUCACAUGGAAACAAGACAGCGGUCUGAGUCUUUAUAUGGACGGGAGUCCUGUGGCGUCUUCUGAAGCCGUGGUUUCUCAGCAGGGUGAACAUUUAGACGACUCAGUUACGCAUUUGGCGUUGGGRCGCARUGCCGCUGGUCCGCCGUACGGCAACACGAAGAUGUCCGUAGCUUCAUUAGUGUUUUUCGAGCAUCAUGUUCGAUCGCUGGAUGCUCAAAAGAUUUCAAUGUACUACUGGAGCAGUGUGGCGCAGUCAUCCUCUGAUCGCUUCAUCAAAGUCAGGUUUGACAAUCGUGCAGGCAUUCCAGUAACCAUCAUCCCCAGUAAAGGAGACAAUAGAAAACAAGGCUACACAAUCCAACCCCAYAUGAACUUACAGCUGUCAUAUGUCGAAAAAGGACCCUUCAACAACAUACCCGUCACUUUCUURGCGCAAAAAGCAUCCAAUGGCGAGCGGUUGUAUAUUAAUGGUCGAAUGGGAAGCCUUCGAGUAUUGCCAACAGCAUCKAAGUCRGACAUCAUCGARGGAAUAGUCGCUUCGUCGU